GCAAAACCAAGAUAACACCCCACAACUUGUGAGCCUUUUCCUCUCCCUUCUACCAAUAAUGGCAAUGGUCUUAGAUUUCUUUGUCUCAAAAUUCAUAACAGCAACAACCAACAUGAUGGAGACAGAGAUCUUUAAGGUGCUCGGUGUUAAUAAGGAGAUUAAAACCCUUCAAGAAAGAUUGGGAGCAAUCAAUGGAUAUCUCCACCAGGUAGAGCGAAAGAGGCACGGGAAUGAUGAAAUUGAUUUAUGGGUAAGGAAGUUGAAGGACAUCAUGUAUGAUGCUGAUGAUGUUAUUGAUCUCUGUAUGAUUGAAGGGGGGAAGUUAUUGAAAUCCCAAGCCUUGUCGAGUUCAUCGACUGUAAGCAUCCCUUUCAAUUAUCUCUUUUCAUGCUUCCAGUGUCUUAAAUAUCGCCAUGAUAUUGCUAACCAAAUUAUAGCAUUGAAUAGUAAGUUAGAAGAUCUUAAAAAUGAUACAUUCAUAAAAAAUAAUUUGGAUUGGGUAACAAAAGAACCAGUUGAAUAUGUUAAUAGAGUGAUCACAUAUGAGACAUCCCACCUACAAAUUGAAGGAGAUGUCAUAGGAACACAAAUAGAAACUGCUAUUGAGACACUAAUUGAUUGGAUACUUAAGAAUAAUCCAAACAAGUGUCAUGUUUUUGGAGUUGUGGGAACAGGGGGAAUUGGAAAGAGCACUCUAGCAAGUAAAAUAUUUGAGGAUGAAAGGAUCAAAGAUUAUUUUCCAAAUAGAAAAUGGUUGUAUAUUUCUAAAAAUUAUAUGGAAUCUGAUUUACUAAAAAAGUUGAUUAAGUUUGGAGAAGGAAGUGAAACCAAAGGAGAAAACCUUGAAGGAAAAAGUAAAGCAGAAUUAGAAAAUAUACUGGUGUCAGUUCUUACACAGAAUACUUUCAUUGUGUUAGAUGAUGUAUGGAAUUCAUCUGUGUGGGUAGAUUUCUUGAGAAAACCUAUAAUGAAAUGUGCCUCAAGUUGUACCGUCUUGGUUACCACUAGAAAAGAAAAUAUUGUAAAACUAAUGAAGCCUACAUAUAUCCACCCAGUUGAAAAAAUGGAUGAAGAAAGUGGUUGGAAUUUGCUUAAACAUUUAGUGUUUGAAAGUGAAGGAGAUGAAGAUGAGAUAUCGAGUUUUGAAGAAAUAGGAAUUAAACUUGUCAAUAAAUGUGAUGGUUUGCCUCUUGCAAUUAAAGCUAUUGCAGGGGUUCUAUACCAACAAAACAAAGCAAAAUGGGUGGAAAUUCUCCAAAGUGAUGCAUGGAACAUGAAUCAAAUUAAGGAAGAACUGAGGCCUUUAUAUUUGAGCUAUGAAGACUUACCAUCUAGUUUAAAACAAUGUUUUCUCUAUUGCUCUUUGUACCCUCAAAAAGAUAUGUAUUCUAAAGAGAUUGUUCAGUCUUGGGUCGCCGAAGGCCUUAUUAUGGAUGAACAAGAUCAGUUGAGGAGGGAUCUUCCAAUUGAAAAUCAAAGAACAAUGGAAGAAAUAGGGGAGGAGAUGUAUAGGGAGCUAAUUUGUAGGAAUCUCUUGGAGGCUGAUGCAAGUUUUGAUUUGUCCAAGAGUUUCUUCUCUAUGCACGAUCACUUCCGAUCUCUCAGUGCAAAUUUAAUGAGAGAAGAAGGGAUUUUAUAUCGACAUGGUAGAGAAUUCAAAGUAGAUGAUACCAUAAAAAUUCGGCGGCUGUCAAUCUCUUGUAUGGGGCCUAAGCUAGUGUUACCAGCUGAAAUUCUAAGACAAGCUUGUUUGAGAACUCUAAUUCUCAUCGACUCCCCUAAAACCAAGACGAUCGAAGAUAGUGUACUGCAAGCAUUACCCUGUUUGCGAGUUCUGGAUCUCACAAAAACAUCAAUUGAAAAGAUUCCAGAUUGCAUUGGAGAUUUGUUGCAUUUAAGAUAUCUUGAUCUCGAUGGAACAAAUAUAUGUGAGAUUCCAACAUCUAUCGGAAACCUUGUAAACCUUCAGAGUCUCGAUAUCUCAGUGUGUAUGUACUUGGAAAGACUUCCUGAGUCCAUCGCCAAGUUGCAUAAUCUAAGACGGCUUGACAUAAGUUGUUGCCCACUGCUCACUUAUGUGCCCAAGGGAAUUGGGAUACUGGAAAUCUUAUAUAGCCUUCAUGGAUUUAUGGUCGGACAAAAUAACUCAACCUCUGAAAAAGGUUGUGAUUUAGAGGAGCUGAAAAAUCUCUCCAAGUUGAGGAGCAUAACCAUUGAUAGGCUUGAGAGGGCAGAAGGAGGAGCCUCUGCGCUUGCAAACAAGCCUUUUCUUAAGCAGCUUAGUCUCAGUUGGAUGCAACCAGAUGAGGAGGAGGAAGUUGAUAAUGGUAGAGGCGACGAUGCUAAAGCCAAUGAAGAAGCAGAUGGUGAUGGCACGUAUGAUGAAGAUGGAAACAAUGACAUGGGUGAUGGCAAGGAUGAUGGCUAUGGACAAGGAAAUGAAAGUGAGGAGGCAGGAGAUACAAGCACGGGAUCAGAAGUUGAAAAUGAGGAGACCGAGAAUGAAGAAAAGGUAUGGAGUGAGGAGCAAAUCAGCAAGGCUGAGAGGAUAUGCAAUGAAAUGACUCAGCCUUCAUCAACCAUAUUCAACAUUCUCUUCCGUCAGUACCCUGGCCGACAGUUCCCGAGCUGGAUGACAUCCUCUUCCUUGGCUGAAUCUUUUCCAAACUUGACGUACUUGAAGCUUCUUGGUUUGCCAUGCUGCACGGAGCUCCCUCCCUUCGGCACACUGCCUCAGCUCAAGUACCUCAAUAUUGAAAGGGCCAGCUCCAUAACAGCCAUUGGGUCUCAAUUUCUCGGAUCGAGAAGCUCUGCAUUUCCCAAACUCGAAGUGCUCCAAUUCGAAGACAUGCCCGGAUGGGAGGAGUGGACAUUCAAUGGAGCACCUCUUGCAGUGAAGUUGUUUCCAAGUCUCAGGGCUUGUGCUAUUAUCAACUGCCCAAAGCUAAGAGCUCUUCCUGACGGACUCCACCGAGCCACCAACCUCAACGAACUGGGCCUGCUUCAAACAUACGAGUUAGGUGAGAUUAACAACAUCACCUUGGCUUACAGGCUCGAGGUCACAAAUGGCAUAGGGUUGAAGAAGAUAUCCAACAUCCCGUCAUUAAGAUAUCUUGAGGUGAAUGACUGUCCCAACUUGGAGUGCGUGGAGAAUCUCGGCAAGCUGCAACAUUUGGACUUGGUAUGUUCAGAGGAAAUGGAGCAGCUCCCGCUGUGGUUGCGGGGCUUGAUCGAGCAGCAUAACAACACAGCAAGCACUCACAGGAGUUUGAAGAAGUUUGAGAUGCGCUGCAAUCGGCAACUGCUGAAGAGCUGCUUGGAGGGCAAUGAGAAUUGGGACAUCAUCGAGCAAAUUCCCAAUGUCAAAGUCCAAACAUAUUCCGGCCAAGAGUAUCUGUUCUACACCAAGGAUCCCUACAACUAUGAUGCCAAGAUUGAUUCAACACCAACGAUGGCAACUUUGCGGCAAAAAAUUAAUGCUCUACGCCAACUACAAUUGUCUCAGAUCCAGGCUUGAUGGAGCUGCAACAACUAUGAAGCGAUUUUACCAUUUACCAUUUUUAAAUGAUCGAAUAGUUCGUUUGAUGUAUGAUUCCUGAGAACAAAGUAAUUAACUCGUCCCUAGGCCAACACGGAGGAGAUAAAUCACGAGUGGCUACUAGCCAUUAGUGCAAAUGGCCAAGACAUGGGGGAGGUUAUGCUCGGUCACGCCGAAUUUCGAUCCCAAGACCUCAUGUGAUAACACCCCAUGUCUUAACCAUCACACCGUCCCGAGGAGACUGAUCAGAGCCCUUAUGAAAAGAGGCCAAAUGAAAAUUUGAACAACAU